GCGACGACGUCGGGGGAGAAGCGCGCUUUCGUAACUGCGCUGCGGCCGCUGGUGGUGGUGUGUGCGUGUGCUACUUCCCGUUUGCCCACCUGUCAGGCCCGUUCUUGUUUUUGUUCUUUUCCGUCGGGCUGCCCUUCCACGUGCCGGCUCCACGCCCAGGUUACGAGCUUCGUCGGACGUAGGAGCCGCCUUUGGUGACUGCCGCCCACCUUUUUCUCAACCUCUGCGUGCCCCCGUGACUGCGCUCCACUCCUGCGAGAAAACAGAGCCACGAUCCCGUCGACUGUGGGAGCUGCUUGUUUUUGAUCGAGCGAGUCUCCGCAGCUGCGCUGACGUCGACCUAGCGUCAGCGCCGUCUGACUCGGCGCCCCGACAGCAGACGACGCGCUGCCUUCCGUCGAGUCGCCCACCGCCGCCGCCAUGGUCCUGCGCUCACAGAACGACUCGAACGCUGCGCGCGGUGAGGUGCUGCCGGAGUCGUCCAGCAGCAUGGCCAUUCCCCGCCUGCCCACUCCGCCUCCGCAGAGCGAAGCCAACACGCCCGUGGCCGAGAGCUGGUGCUACACACAGGUGAAAGUGAUCAAGUUUUCCUACAUGUGGACCAUCAACAACUUCAGCUUCUGCCGCGAAGAGAUGGGGGAAGUGCUCAAGAGCUCGACGUUUUCUGCGGGGGCCAAUGACAAGCUGAAGUGGUGCCUAAGGGUGAAUCCUAAGGGGCUGGAUGAAGAGAGCAAGGACUAUCUGUCCCUGUACCUGCUGCUGGUGUCCUGCAACAAGAGUGAGGUCCGUGCCAAGUUCAAGUUUUCCAUCCUCAACGCCAAGCGGGAAGAGACCAAGGCCAUGGAGAGUCAAAGGGCGUACCGCUUUGUUCAAGGCAAGGAUUGGGGCUUCAAGAAGUUUAUUCGAAGAGACUUCUUGCUCGACGAGGCCAACGGACUCCUUCCUGAUGACAAGCUUACUCUCUACUGCGAGGUGAGCGUUGUUGCGGACUCGGUGAACAUCUCCGGGCAGAAUAACGCUAUCCAGUUCAAGGUCCCUGAGUGCCGGCUGUCUGAUGACUUCGGGCACCUCUUUGAGAGCCAGAAGUUCAGCGACGUCAUCCUUAGUGUCAACGGCCGGGAAUUCUAUGCGCACAAGGCCAUUCUUGCAGCCCGGUCACCAGUAUUUGCGGCUAUGUUUGAGCACGAGAUGGAAGAGAAGAAGCAGAACCGUGUGGAGAUAACAGACAUGGACCACGAGGUGCUGCGAGAGAUGCUGCGGUUCAUCUACACCGGCCGAGCACCCAACCUUGACAAGAUGGCCGAUGACCUCCUGGCUGCUGCCGAUAAGUAUGCCCUGGAACGGUUAAAAGUCAUGUGUGAAGAGGCCCUGUGCUCAAACCUGUCAGUUGAAACAGCUGCGGAGGUGCUCAUUCUGGCAGACAUGCACAGCGCAGACCAGCUGAAGGCACAUGCCAUUGACUUCAUCAACACCAGGCAUGCCACGGAUGUGAUGGAGACGGCGGGCUGGAAGACCAUGAUCCACCGGCAGCCACACCUGAUUGCCGAGGCCUUCCGAGCACUGGCCACCCAGCAGAUCCCGCCCAUAGGGCCACCCCGCAAGCGCAUCAAGCAGUCCUAGGGACACAGCAGCUUUGCUCGUGCUUUAGUGGGCGGAUAUGUUUGAGGUGUAGUCAGUCCUCGUCGUGGAAGGAGAUGUGUUGGGCACCGCACUACAUUGGCUAGUCGUCGACGAGACAUCACAGCAAGGCCUUCCUCAGUUUAACACCAAGGGUGGCAUUGUUCUGCUUCCGGCACAGACGAAAACCUCUUGACAGUCAAUUUCCUAGGAUCUCGCCGUGGGAAGCAGGGUCUGCAACAAUCGAGCAGCAUAGGAGCUCGAUGCUUUGCGUGAUGCGCUCGUCUUGUCCAUUCCUUUAUCCACUCCUCACAGAUGACGCGGAGGACCAUUUUUGCAGACUCUAGCCCACCACAAUUAAGGAAGAAGAAACUUCGGAAAAGGCCGAAGCAGAAGAAUCUUCACCCCUCUCGGAUGAAGCCGUGCGCGCACAACUUUGGAUAGCGUUGCCACAGUGCAAGGUGUUUUGAGCUGGUGACGUCAAGUGUUGCAGCUAACUUUUAGCCCGUGGGGAAACUUCAGCAACAUCAUCUGUGUUGACGUGCAAGUGAGCAUGCGUGUGUGCGUGCGUGCAUGUGAAUUUUUGUUGGAGCAAGACAAGUCUGCAACUGGCGAAUGAAAGUUCACUAUCCGUGUGGUGCAAGAAUGUGGGCAUCUUGGAAGGAACUCCUUGUGUGUAAAGAAAACAAAACCAAAACUAGGAAAAAAAGGACACGACCUUUGUUUAUUUCGUUUGCAUGAAAUGACUCCUGUAAUCUCCUCUGUUUUUACUUUGUGUGUGUGUGUGUACGCGUUUUACAUUUGCCUGUCCCUCCUACAAUUGUCACAAAGCAAGUGUUGUUGUAAGGAAAAGUAAUUUAUGCAAACACUCGCGAUUUGGUGGUGGGUGGCCUCUCCGAGCUUACGUGGAAAGAAGUCCUCGAGCAUUCUUGCAGUUUUUUUUUCUCUGUUGGUUCCUAGAAGAGGACGUAACAAGGGUGCAGACAUCUCAUCUAAAUACAUGCAUUACAUGGGCUAUUCUAUUCGUGUAUCCAAUUGCCACAAACAUUAUGCAAUGCCAUCAAGGCAUCCUGAGGUUUGAAACAGAAUGUCAUUUGAUAGAAUAUAACAUACAAGGUUGAGUUCUCAAAUGUAAUGAAAAUGGCAGCUGAUCUGUUCAGUUGUCAACACACCAAUUCAGGCCCUCCUGUUGCCAAAAUAUUGUUCCCUAGAUGCACACAGCGUUGUGAAAUAAUAAUAAUAUGGCUGAUAAUAGUGCACUGCCAGUAGCGCUGAAAGGACAGAACAUGUCAAAACACGUCACUCUGCUACAAGUCACUGGUUUGGUCAUUUCCCACAGUAGCAAGCAUCUUUGUUGUGAAUAUUUAGGUUGCAAGGCCUUCCUGGCUCCACCCACCACCUCAUGAUAGUCAGUCCUGUAUAUAGCAAACAAAUGUCUGUGUUUAUUCAUGAACUUGCCAAUCACCGAUGAACGGACAAAACGGGGUUUGUUCAUUUAUCCUACACAAUGGCUGCCACACAAAUGUCGUGUUCUGCUGUGAAGACAAAGGAAACCAAAGCUUAGCACCCCUCUUCUCAGCCUGUGUGCAUUGGAAGAAGUCUUUUCGCACACGGACAAGCAUUUAAUGUGCAGCAUAGCAUUGGAGCAUUUGUGUGCGUGAAUGUUUGUUUGUUUUUAGGAAUUUUCAUUUUGGUUUCAGUGAUUCAAGACAUGGUUGUAGUACUCAUCAUAAGUUAAGAUGAAUGUUUCGCACAAUUAGAACAGUGUUGCAGCACUUUUUUUUUUAAUCGAUCACCCUGUUAAUAAAAGAAAUGCAAACCCUC